CGCGUGGCCCCCCAAGCGGGAAAACAGCACAGCACUCACUGGCUUUGGCUUUGAAGAGUUUGCAGAGCCAGGCUUCAAACUUUUCUUUUUUUUUUUUUUCUUUUUCCUUCCAGGCCCAGCUGGGCUGGAGGAGAGGGAGGGUGUCGCAUCCCCUGGUGCACCGGCCCCCUGAGCGACGCAGGGCAGCUCGGCCGAGCGCUCUGUGCCCUGUCCGUGCCAUGUGGCAGGGCCCUGCAGCCUGGUCGCUUCCGUAGGGGCUGAGGAAGGGGCACACUUCCUCUGCCGGGCGCUGGAUGCGCCAUGUGUCGCUCGGGUCAGGGGACACUGGCCGGUGAUUAAGUGCCUGACAGCAGUGGGACCUCCAGGCGGACGGGCGCUUUGCCUGCUGUCCGGUUCCCGUGCGGGCUCUUCGACGACGCAUCUUUGAAAGGCCAAGGCAGGCACCGCUGCCCCCCUCGGAGUAACUCCAGGAUGCUAGGACCCCAGGAAUAAUUGGAGGGUGAGGCGGAGGUGCGAGCUGUUUGAAGUGCCAGGCUGUUUCCCUGGCUGGGAAAGCCUUUUUGUUAGUACCUGUCUGAGAUGGUGGUAUUUCCCCCCUUUUUUCCCCCCCGGGAAGUCACUAACUGCUUUAUGGCCCUGGGACUCUAAAGCAAUUUAAGUUAGAGGGGCGAAGACUGGUUGGGUUUCAGAGGGAAUCUUGGACUUAUUAAAUUUUAGGACCUGCUUGACUUCCCCCUGUCUUUUUAGGCCUCAGAAUUGAUAACUUUGAAAGGUUUUUUUUUUUUCCUUGAGUAAGAGCCAUGGAUCUUAAUGAUGAAUCACAGUUGUGAUAUAGAGUAUUCCUCCUUAUCCUAUUUUGGAAAAUCACGGCUAGAGUUGAAGCAAGAUAUGGUCCGGAAAAAGAACCCCCCUCUGAGAAACGUCGCUAGCGAAGGCGAGGGCCAGAGCCUGGAGCCUAGAGGUGCAGAAAGCAAAGUAUCUGGAAAGAGCAAAGACUUUUCUGCAGAUCAGAUGUCAGAAAACACGGAUCAGAGUGAUGCUGCAGAGUUAAACAACAAGGAGGAGCAUGGCUCGCUUGCCCAAGAUCCGUCUUCUAGCAGCAAGAAGGACUUGAAAAGUGAGAAGGCUGGCUUCAAUUAUGAAAGCCCCAAUAAGGGAGGAAGCCUUCCCUCCUUCCCUCAUGAUGAGGUGACAGACAGAAAUAUGUUGGCUUUCUCAUCUCCAGCUGCUGCGGGAGUCUGUGAGCCCUUGAAGUCUCCUCAAAAAGCAGAGGCAGAUGACCCUCAAGAUAUGGCCUGUACCCCAUCAGGGGACUCGUUGGAGACAAAGGAAGAGCAUAAGAUGUCACCAAAGGCUACCGAGGAAACAGGGCAAGUGCAGAGCGGUCAAGCCAAUUGUCAAGGUUUAAGCCCAGUUUCAGUGGCCUCAAAAAACCCACAAGUGCCUUCAGAUGGGGGUGUAAGACUUAAUAAAUCCAAAACUGAGUUCCUGGUGAAUGAUAACCCAGAUCCGGCACCUCUGUCUCCAGAGCUUCAGGACUUUAAAUGCAAUAUCUGUGGCUAUGGUUACUAUGGCAACGACCCCACAGAUCUGAUCAAGCACUUCCGAAAGUAUCACUUAGGACUGCAUAACCGCACCAGGCAGGAUGCUGAGCUGGACAGCAAAAUCUUGGCCCUUCAUAACAUGGUGCAGUUCAGCCAUUCCAAAGACUUCCAGAAGGUCAACCGUUCUGUGCUUUCUGGUGUGCUGCAGGACAUCAACUCUUCAAGGCCUGUUUUACUAAAUGGGACCUAUGACGUGCAGGUCACUUCAGGUGGAACUUUCAUUGGCAUUGGACGGAAAACACCAGAUUGCCAAGGAAACACCAAGUAUUUCCGCUGCAAAUUCUGCAAUUUCACCUACAUGGGCAACUCAUCCACUGAACUAGAACAGCAUUUUCUUCAGACUCACCCGAACAAAAUCAAAGCUUCUCUCCCCGCCUCUGAGGGUGCGAAACCUUCAGAGAAAAACUCUAACAAAUCCAUCCCUGGUCUCCGGUCCAGUGAGUCUGGAGACUUGGGAAAGUGGCAGGACAAGAUCACGGUCAAGGCAGGAGAUGACACUCCGGUUGGCUACUCUGUGCCCAUCAAGCCCCUCGAUUCCUCAAGACAAAACGGUACAGAGGCCACCAGUUACUACUGGUGUAAAUUUUGUAGCUUCAGCUGUGAGUCGUCCAGCUCACUUAAGCUGCUGGAACAUUAUGGCAAGCAGCACGGAGCAGUGCAGUCAGGAGGCCUUAAUCCAGAAAUGAAUGAUAAGCUUCCCAGGGGCUCUGUCAUUAAUCAGAAUGACCUAGCCAAGAGUGCAGAAGGGGAGCCGCUGACCAAGGCAGACAAGGGCUCGAGCGGGGCUAAAAAGAAGGACUUCUCCACCAAGGGAGCAGAGGAUAAUAUGGUUACAAGCUAUAACUGUCAGUUCUGUGACUUUAGAUAUUCCAAAAGCCAUGGUCCCGAUGUAAUUGUAGUGGGGCCACUUCUCCGUCAUUAUCAACAACUCCAUAACAUUCACAAGUGUACCAUUAAGCACUGUCCAUUCUGUCCCCGAGGCCUUUGCAGCCCAGAAAAGCACCUUGGAGAAAUUACUUAUCCGUUUGCUUGUAGAAAAAGUAAUUGUUCCCACUGUGCGCUCUUGCUGUUACACUUGUCUCCUGGGGCGGCGGGAAGCUCGAGAGUCAAACACCAGUGCCACCAGUGUUCAUUCUCCACCCCUGAUGUAGAUGUGCUCCUCUUUCACUAUGAGACUGUGCAUGAGGCCCAGGCUGCGGAGGUCAAGCAAGAAGCCAAUCAUCUGCAAGGAUCGGAUGGGCAGCAGGCUGUUAAGGAAAGCAAAGAACACUCAUGUACCAAAUGUGAUUUUAUUACCCAGGUGGAAGAAGAGAUUUCCCGACACUACAGGAGAGCACACAGCUGCUACAAAUGCCGUCAGUGCAGCUUCACAGCUGCGGAUACUCAGUCACUACUGGAGCACUUCAACACUGUUCACUGCCAGGAACAGGACAUCACUACAGCCAACGGCGAAGAGGAUGGGCAUGUCGUGUCCACCAUCAAGGAGGAGCCCAAAAUUGACCUCAAGGUCUACAGUCUGCUAAACCCAGACUCUAAAAUGGGAGAGCCAGUUUCCGAGAGUAUAGUGAAGAGGGAGAAACUGGAUGAGAAGGAAGGGCUCAAAGAGAAAGUUUGGACUGAGAGUUCAAGUGAUGACCUCCGCAGUGUGACUUGGAGAGGGGCAGACAUCCUGCGAGGCAGUCCGUCAUACACGCAAGCAAGCCUGGGGCUUCUGACGCCCGUGUCUGGCACCCAAGAGCAGACAAAGACUCUGAGGGAUAGCCCCAAUGUGGAAGCUGCCCAUCUGGCGCGACCUAUUUAUGGCUUGGCUGUGGAGACCAAGGGAUUCCUGCAGGGGGUGCCAGCUGGCGGAGAGAAGUCGGGGGCCCUCACCCAGCAGUAUCCUGCAUCUGGAGAAAACAAGUCCAAGGAUGAAUCCCAGUCCCUGUUACGGAGGCGUAGAGGCUCCGGUGUUUUUUGUGCCAAUUGCCUGACCACAAAGACCUCUCUCUGGCGAAAGAACGCAAAUGGCGGAUAUGUAUGCAACGCGUGUGGCCUCUACCAGAAGCUUCACUCGACUCCCAGGCCUUUAAACAUCAUUAAACAAAACAACGGUGAGCAGAUCAUUAGGAGAAGAACAAGAAAGCGCCUUAACCCCGAGGCACUUCAGGCUGAGCAGCUCAACAAACAGCAGAGGGGUAGCAGUGAGGAGCAGGUCAACGGGAGCCCGUUAGAGAGGAGGUCAGAAGAUCAUGUAACUGAAAGUCACCAGAGAGAAAUUCCGCUCCCGAGCCUAAGCAAAUACGAAGCCCCGGGUUCAUUGACUAAAAGCCAUUCUGCUCAGCAGCCAGUCCUGGUCGGCCAAACUCUGGAUAUUCACAAAAGGAUGCAACCUUUGCACAUUCAGAUAAAAAGUCCUCAGGAAAGUACUGGAGAUCCAGGAAAUAGCUCAUCCGUAUCUGAAGGGAAAGGAAGUUCUGAGAGAGGCAGUCCCAUAGAAAAGUAUAUGAGACCUGCGAAGCACCCGAAUUAUUCACCACCAGGCAGCCCUAUUGAAAAGUACCAGUACCCACUUUUUGGACUUCCCUUUGUACAUAAUGACUUCCAGAGUGAAGCUGAUUGGCUGCGGUUCUGGAGUAAAUAUAAGCUCUCCGUUCCUGGGAAUCCGCACUACUUGAGUCAUGUGCCUGGCCUACCAAAUCCUUGCCAAAACUAUGUGCCUUAUCCCACCUUCAAUCUGCCUCCUCAUUUUUCAGCUGUUGGAUCAGACAAUGACAUUCCUCUAGAUUUGGCGAUCAAGCAUUCCAGACCUGGGCCAACUGCAAACGGUGCCUCCAAGGAGAAAACGAAGGCACCACCAAAUGUAAAAAAUGAAGGUCCCUUGAAUGUAGUAAAAACAGAGAAAGUUGAUAGAAGUACUCAAGAUGAACUUUCAACGAAGUGUGUGCACUGUGGCAUUGUUUUUCUGGAUGAAGUGAUGUAUGCUUUGCAUAUGAGUUGCCAUGGUGACAGUGGGCCUUUCCAGUGCAGCAUAUGCCAGCAUCUUUGCACGGACAAAUAUGACUUCACAACACAUAUCCAGAGGGGCCUGCAUAGGAACAAUGCACAAGCAGAAAAAAACGGAAAACCUAAAGAGUAAAACCUUAGCACUUAGCACAAUUACAUAGAAAUAGGUUUUCUUGAUGGGAAUUCAAUAGCUUGUAAUGUCUUAUGAAGACCUAUUAAAAGAAAUACUUCAUAGAGCCUGCCUUAUCCAACAUGAAAUUCCCUUCUUUUUAUUAUUCUUUCUUUCAAUGAGUAGGUUACCGAGACUAAAAAGUGAGGCAAAUGGUCAGUGAGAAAGAAUGGAAGAUGGCAAACAAUCAUUUUUUUUUAAAACCUACUAAGUUAAAACCAUCUUGACUGAUGUGCACUGGGGAAGUGAUCUGUAAGAAGUACCACCAGACGAUAAUUGCUGUGUUUAUAAAGAAAGGUAACACCUGGCUAGAAUUAGAAAGAAUUUACACAUGAUGCAAGUAAAGCAGUAUUGGGCUGGCCAUUGGCCCAUUGGUUCAAAGAUCCACAGAUUGUUGCCUAAAUUUAGAAGUGUCAUGAAAUCCUAGGCAGAUGAGGAGAAGUCAGAUCUCCAAGGCAAUGCAAGGAAAAUGGCGCCCUCUGAUAUCAGUCUCCUCUCAUUGACCAUGUCUCAGAUUUUGACUUAGAAAUGUGAGCUGUGGUUAGGCUUGGUGAGAGAGCAGCAGGAAACAUGACAGAUGGUGGCACAAUGUUGUUGACCAGCCCUGCCUGUACAUACACAUGCACACCCUCUUUGGUAUUUUUGUCCUUUAGAUGUUCAGAUACUCAGUAGACCUUUUGUUUGCAGUAUAGGUUCAUUUUGUCCAAAUAUAUAUCCAUUUAAAAACACAAUGUCCUCGAUGCUUAUGUAGUAAUUUUAUUUUAGGGAGACAUUUCUUUCUUGUAUGGGAUGAACCAGUUUGGAUUUGUUUUCUAAGCCUCCUGUUGGUCACUAAUCUCACUUGGCACAUUAUAACUCAAAGAAUCCCCUCAGUUCAAAAGAAUAGAUGGAUACACAAGUCAGACUGUGGGUUUAAUUUGUUUGGAACACAUGGUUUUUCUCCACAAGGUAACCUGCUGUAUUUAUUUAUUUUCUUUUGGUUAAAUAUAAUUUCCAAACUUUGUGGUCAGGCAGCGUCUAAGGUUACGUUACCACAGACUGACAGUUGGUAUAUGUACCAAUCAAUCCCUUCAUUAGAUUUAUACAGGUUUAGUUAAGUAGCAUUAAAUAGGAUUCUUAGAAGUAUGUCUUCAUAGUACUUUUAAUACUUAAGGCUUUGUAAAAACUAUCUAUGAAGGGAAAGCUCCUCAGCAUAACUGCUCAGGGAAAUAGGGCUAAAUAACUGAACAUUAAAUAAUUGGUUAAAGGUGCUGUUAGUCGAGCCUCAAUGCUUGCUACAAGGAUGUAUGUACAAGGACUGACUUUAAUAAUUUGCAUUAUAUUGUCCCAACCAGUAGUUUAUUUUUUUGCCACGGAGAUGUAGAAGAUAUUACAAGCUACUGGAUGCACUGUCAGAUUAACUUAUUUCAUUAAAGAAGUUGGGAGAACAAAUAGGAAAAAAAAACUUAUUUUUCUAGUAAAUAUUAAUGUAUUACAUUUCAAAUAAUGGUGCCUGACAUAUUGAAUAAUUAUUUUCUACAGUGUACGUAUGCAACAAAGAUAUUCCAUCAUGCAUUAGAGUCAGUUCUGGCUCUGCCUAGCUGUUUACAUUUGCAAAUGUAGCAAACAAGGUAAUGAAGCAACUAUUUCUAUGGCAGUAGAUAUCUUUUGUGUGUGUGUGUGUGCAUUAAAGUUGUAAACGGUAACAUGAAACAAAUGAAAGUUCUUAAUAUCAUGGUAUGGAAAACAAGAAGGAAAUGAAAAUAUUUUUAUGCCUACUUAGGAAAAAAAAGGGUAGCACUAUUCAUUCCAAGUACUUUUUUUUUUUAAUUUUUAAGCUCUUAACUCACAUUGUUAUGCUUAAGAUGAUAAACAUAUAUCCUCUUUUUAUUGCUUUGUCUAUGUUUCAGAUGAAACAUUUCAGAAAUUAUUUUGAUAAGUGCUGCUGGAAUCUGCAGCGCUGAUGUUUUUAUUGCAUCCUGUAGUUGCAUUUGCACUCCAUUUUUACAUUAAUUCGCAGUUGCUUUGUAUUGUUUUGUUUUGUUUGGGUUUUGUUUCUUUUUUUCACAGUGCCGGGUGUUCGUUUCUAAAAGUUGGAUGGCAGGUAGAGUUCAACUGGUUCAUGACUGUUGUAGUGAAUGAAGUUAAAAAUGUCUUUCUGAUGUUGUGUUGUCAUUUCCAUUCUUGCAUUUUUGUUUUCAUGUAAAGAGAGAGAAAGAGAGAAAUCAGGACUAAGUCCUCUGGUUCAGUUUCAUAGUUUAAGGGGCCCUAUCUGAUUUCAUCUGUCGCAUAGCUCUGCUAUUCAUAUAAACUGAAAUAAAGAGGUGGAAUGAAGAGCUUUGACAUUCAAUGAUUUGCCAUAAUUUAUCUUUCUUAGGAGUUUUGAUGGAUGCAUCCCACAAUGUAUAGGCAGACUUCAGAAGUGACAAUUAAAGACCUAAAAAGUAGAUUCCCCCAACAACGUUUAUGUUUUUUAAGGAAACGAAUAAUAAAAUGCACUGUGGCAAUCGUCAAGCAACAUUAUAUGUAGACUGCUCAAAUGAGAAAAUACCAGAAAUUUGAUUAACAGGCAUAUUAAAGGUAUUACUUUUUGGGCAAAACUACUCUUUCAGUGAUUUCUCCAGUGUGUCAGACACAAACAGGUUGUUCAUAUUUGGCAUGUAUGCCUUCUUUUUAAUUCAGUUGUUUUCUCAGACGUAGUAGCAAUGAUUAGUAUUGGAAAAUACAUAUCACUGUUCUUGGAAUAUUUAUGGUCAGUCUACUUUUGGUAGAAUAUUCUUGAAUAGCAUUGACAUGAUAGAUUUUAUGCCAUACUCCUUUAUUGAUUAUUUUCAUUUUUGCUUUCAUUAUUUUACAUAUUUUUGGUGGAGAAGAGGCUGGGCUUUUAAAAAAAAAAAUUAAAAUUAUAACACUAAAAUACUCUUUAUUUUUUGACUUAAUAAAAGCCUUUAUUCCAUCUCUCAAAAUAUUUUUUUUUGUUUUAAGAUCUCUGAUCAUUUUGUCUUAAGUUGUGAUUUUAAAUGAGCUAUUUCGAUUCUUAAUCUUUUGUUAGAGGACUUUCAAGAUGAUUUAGGAAUUUUCCCUCUUGGAAAAGGCUUCCCCUAUGAUGAAAACUGUAUGUCAGCUAAAACUGAAUGCCAUUUAAAAGCUGUAGAUCCUUGAAAAAUGACUUGUCUAUGUUCUAAAUUGAGCUUUGAGUCAAACUUUAGGCCAGCAUUCUCUCUUCCUUUUCUUACUCUUUCUAUCAUUAGCAUUCAGCCCUAGAUCCAUACUGUUGUUUGGGAUAGAAAAAUCAUAAAGAGCCAGCCCACCUCAGAAGUUUGUGGAUUUAGAGACACUCCAAGACUAAAUAGAUAGGAAAAGGAUGGAGCUCUCAUUGUUAACCCCUUCACUCUGUAGUUCAGAAGGUAAAAAGUGUGCCCAAUUCUCUCUACAUGACAUAUUGAGAUGUUCUCUUUUAAAAAUCCACUUUUAAGAUAGUGAUGUUCUGUUGUAACUGUCCUCUUUUAAUAAAGGUAGAUUUUAGAAAACAAGCAUGGGGAUUCUUAUCUAAGGUAAUAGUAAUGAGAAGAAGAAAAAAAGUGAUUAUCUUUUACAGCUCUCUGUUGAAGCCUGUGGUAGCACAUUAUGUUUAUGAUUGCACAUGUGCACAUAUUCUAUUAUGAUCCAAUGCAAAUACAGCUCCAAAAAUAUUAAAUGUAUAUAUAUAUAUAUUUUAAAAUGCCUGAGGAAAUACAUUUUUCUUAAUAAAUUGAAGAUACCAAUACUGCUAUUAAAAUAUUAGCCUUCUGCUGUGUGGCUGCAUACCAUCGCAAAGUGACUUGUCUUGAGACCUGCGACCUGCCUGCCUGUUUAAUCCAUGAACAGGAACGCAUCCCUGGAGGGGGAGUAUCUGCCAUCCAGCUGUGGAAACAUGGGGUGGAGAAGCUGGUGGUUUGCUUCUAUGCUCUAUGCCAGCCUUCUGCCUAAACCUUAGAUGUGCUCACAGCUACCUGUCUUUGGGUUGACUGAGGGCCAUGGCAAAAUGAACUCAAGGUGUCUUUGGUGAGCAAGUAGGUGACAGCUUGCUGACUGACCCAGGCACAGGAGAAAGCCGAUGAAUGGAAAUGCAACCUGAGUAUGAAACUAAAUAUGCUAACCAAAGGUAGGUACUGUUAGAUGGAAUUCUAUCAGCAGGCAGCUGACUGUAAAUGUGAAGAAUAUAUAGAAAGAAUGCAUCAGACUUUGGAGGGCAGUGUUAUUUUCCCAAAGAAAAGCCUUGGCCACGGGCAGAGGCUUAGUGUCUUUGUAGAGCACUUCUACUUGGUUUUCCAUUGCUGGUUCUUAGCUGACUCACGCGUUCCUGAUAGUGGUGCAGUUGUUUAGAAAGCAUCCCCAGCUAUUUUCAGUAAUUAGACCCUCUGGACGAUGCUAGGGCAGAAGUGUGUCAGGUCAAGGGUGAAGAAAAUGUGAAAUUCAGCAGUAAUUCACACAUGGAAACGGGAUAAUGUGUGUUCAUGGAUUGGUCUCUUCAAGGGAAGAGCUAUUAGCUUUUGUGCCAGAGAAAAGCAAGAGUAACUUUACCAUGGAAAUAAUGUUUAGCCUGCAUCAGAAAAAAUGGUUCUUCAAGACCCAUAUGUCCCAAACUGGAUCCUGGUUACACCCUUGGUUGUUCUUUUUUUUGUUUGUUUGUUGGUUUUGUUUUUUUUUUUUUUUUUCAAUAUAUGAACUGCAGCAAAUCACUUUUUUCUUUUUGUGCCUCAGGUUCCUCAGCUGUAAAAUGGAAAAAAUAUAUUAAUAAUAAUAAUAUUAAUAAUAAUAAUAAUGGUAAUGUAGUACUUGUUUGUAAAGCACUUUGAGAUCCUUGGUUGAAAGGUACCAUAGGAGCGCCAAGUAUUAUUAUGUGGCCAAGGGGGUUAUUUAAACUCUCAGUUUAGCAAGGGCCAGGAAAGGUUGGGGUCAUUUUUGUUAAAGAUGAGCUGUAAAUAUCAUAAGUAGACAGCCUAUAGUGUUGACUAUGAAGAGGCAAAACUAUUAGAAGGCUGAUAAAACCAUAAUUUCUUAAUGGCUACCAACAAGGCAAAUAUCACAGUAACACAAUGCCAAAUUCCUUAGGGUGGACUAUUUGACAACAACAUGGGUAAUUUGGGGGGGAGGGUUGGGAGUGGGAAGCAUCUCAAAAUGCCAAUGUCAAAUUCACCUUCAGCAAUAUUCACCAGCAGAAAAUGUCUUUCAUAUGGAAUGAUUUCAUGUUGCUAAGAAGAAGAAUUCAAUUUGUAGUCCUGAUUUGAAUAUUAGAAUGUUGGCUAUAAUAGUUCUGUUCUUACAACACAUGGAAUUUUUUCGUUUUAUUUUAUUUUGUUUUCAUAGUGCAUGUUCAUUUCUACUCACAAACAUGUUCUUGGUGUAUUUCUUAUGCAAACAAUCUUCAGGCAGCAAAGAUGUCUGUUACAUCUAAACUUGAAUAAUAAAGUUUUACCACCAGUUAUACAUAA